AUGGCACAGCACGCCGGCGUGGGCGAGCAAUGGGACCUGGCCGGCAAGGUUGCGGUCGUCACGGGUGGUUCUUCAGGCAUCGGUAAGGCGGUGGCAGAGGCGCUGGUGCAGGAGGGCGCACGCGUCGUGGUGGCCGACCUGCAGGAACCCACCUCGCCCGAGCUCAAGUCCAGCGCCAUCGUCUUCUCCAAGUGCGACGUCACUCGCGCUGAAGACAUUGCGGCGGCGAUCGCCACAGCCAAGAAGAAGUGGGGCAGGUUCGACAUCAUGGUCAACAACGCUGGCAUUUCGGGCGGCCUGGGCUUCGCAUUCCCUUUCCAGCAGUCCGCAGCCGUGUGGCGCAAGGUGGUGGACAUCAACUUGACCGCUGUGAUUGAGGGCACCCAGCAAGCCAUUUGCGCCAUGGCGGACAACGAGAAGGGCGGUGUGGUAAUCAACGUAUCGUCGAUGGGCGGCCUCUUGCCCAUGCCCCAGUCCCCCGUGUACGCCGCCGCCAAGGCCGGCGUGGUGAACUUCACCCGCUCCCUGGCCGCUUUCGGCAAGUCCAACGGCAUCCGCGUCAACGCCAUCUGCCCGACGUUCACUGAUACGCCGCUCGUGCGCGAGAGCCCCGACGAAGUGGUGGAGGGCCUCAAGCGGGCCAUUGGGGGCAGUCUGCUGACGCCGCCGGAGGUGGCGCGGGGCGUGGUGGAGCUGGCGACCGACCCCGGGCUUGCUGGCGCUGUCAUGCGGGUAACGGUGCGCGGUGGCCGUGACCUGUGGCAGCCCUCGACGGCUCCCUCGCCCAAGUCAGCGAAGUCUCACGUGGCUGCCCGUCUGUGA